AUGCCAAACCUCGAAGGUGUACAGUACGCCGUCACGUUUGAUGAACUGUUCAACGAGGACAACGACAAAGAGUACAUGGCCUGGUUGGAUGCCCUCUUAGAGCCAGCCAGCAUCGAGUUUCUCAAGCGCUUUGUUGCCGGCAAGCUGGGCGGUGACCGCGGCUCCGUCCAUUAUGUGGACAUGGCCCGCGGCUCCUUCAACGUGGUGCUCCAGUUUCGCAUCGACGACGGUCGCGCACCGGCACGGCUGGCACUGCGCAUACCUCAGCGCGGCUUCACGGCCGAGGCGGUGACCGCCGAGCGACUCGAGAACGAGGUCCACUGGAUGCAAUAUAUCGAGGAGCAGAGCACGGUCCCCGUCCCACGUAUCUACAGCUGGGCAGCGUCCGGCGAUGCCGUCGACCCCCGCAUCGGGCCGUACAUGCUCAUGGACUACGAAGCGUCCGACAACGAAACAGACGCCUUGGAAAAGCGCACGGCCGUCUUUGAGCAGCUGGCCGACAUUUUCCUGCAACUCCGCAGCCACCACUUCGACAAGAUCGGGUCGAUCACAAGGGCCGACGGGGGUGCGUGGGCGGUCACGCGGCGCCCGCUCACCAUCGAUAUGCACAUUCAGUUGGUGGCGAUGCCCGGCUUCUCGACCGAUGACUGGCCGACAAGUCCGCUGCUGCACGCCAAGGACUACGUGUCGCUGGCGACGGCGCUGCGCAACCAUCAAAUGCUAUGCCUCCGCAACAUCAACAUCCCUGGCGCUUGGAACAAGGAUGGCUUCUACGACUUCCAGGAAGGCGACGCCAUCGACAUGCAGCGCGCUCUGAAGACGGCCCGCGGCCGUGUCCUCGCGCGGCGCGCCAUGGGCCUGCCGGCGACGGCCGCCCAUCUCGUCGACGGCGACGGGAACGACGGCGGCGAGCACGACGAGAAGCCGUUUGUGCUGUUUCACCCGGACCUCACUGCCAGCAACAUCCUAGUCGACCUGAACACGGCCCGCAUCACGGCUCUGAUCGACUUUGAGUACACAAACGCCGUGCCAGCCGCGUUGGCCGACGAUCCGCCUGUGUGGCUAUCGCAUAUAGAUUUUGUGCACUGCCUCACAUUCGGCUUCUUCGCCGAGUGGCAGGCUCGGUACAAGUACAGGCUCGACGCCUUUCUGGCUGUCCUAGAGCGUGUUGAGCAGAAGCAAAAGCAGCAGCAGCAGCAGUCGCCGCCACCUGCCUCUGAACGGCCCCCUUUGUCUGCAAGGAUGCGCGCAUCGUGGGAGAAAAAGACAUAUCUCAUCAACCACGCACUGCAACGUGCCGCGCUCGCCGACACAAUCUAUCACGACCAGCCGGCUCUGUUUCCGGUCGUGGUGGAGGUCGUUGAUGGCACUGACGACUGGACGCAGGAGGUGCACAUGUACGAGGAAUACACCAGGUGGCAGAUUGACCUAUAUGAGGCGGAUCGCAAGGCGCGCCAUCAAAAGAGACAGCCUGCUGGGACUUGA